AUGACGAAACCCAAAUCUUGCGUAUCGUACAGUGUCCUCUAUUACAAGCGGGCGGCCAAUACAAAAAAGGUCUACCAACGCAAAGGCGUGACAACGUUGGACGGAGUCUUGACGAUUCAUUCCGAUUCCUCCAGGAUUGUGUUGCGAUCGGCGGAUGGGGCAGAUGUGCCGACACAGAACGACGCGUUGAAUGCAUGGAGUAAAGCGGCCAAGGCACCGGGAAUGCUGGUACUGUCCUCGGUCCAACGCGACGUUGCACAGCAAACGUGGUCGGAAGACGACGAAUUUACCGUGGGGCCGUAUCGAAUUGAAAUCUUGAAGCGCCUGGAUCCGAACGAAAACUGCAGCCCCGUCAUCAACAACAUUGACAUUGUCCGAGGCCCGUCAGUCGUACACGGCCAGACAGUACGAACGGGAGUCCCAAUGCAGGCUUUACCGUCCAGAACUCGACUGCCGCUCAAACGCAAGGCUCUACCUUUGCAAUCCACAUCCACUUUGUCUUUGGGGAAACGAGUAAUCGGCGCACUAGCUCGCAAGACAAUCCCUGCCACAACUCCAGCAAUAGGAUCCAUAGCACAAUCUUGUGAACUAGUAAAGAGCGGAAUAGCAAGCAAAUGUACGGUGGACAAGGGGACGUCUCGCACACUUCUGCCCACUGCGCGCCCAUCCCCACCGACGAUGGUCCGCCGGACUCCGCUGGUGUCCCGAUCCAACACUACAACCACAACCUCCCAAAGCAAUCUGAAGCGACGCACGACGCCAUUAAUGGGGUUGAAAUACACGUUGGCGAAAAAUCGGGCCAAGCUGGCGUCGUGCCCGGCAACUCGUCGAUACCUACCGGGCGCAACCAGCACCUCAACCAUUCCCGCGACAAACACAUCUCCUCCGCAAUCGUCCACCAAUUUACUGGCGAACGUACCUCUACCUGCCUCGGUACGAUCCGUGCUUCGCCCUCAUCAAGAAGAAGGAGUGGAAUUUUUGUGGCAAGCACUGGCACCAAUGGCCGUCUCCGGCAACGAGCAAAAUGACACCCAAAGUCCCGCAAGGGGCGCUAUUUUGGCCGACGAAAUGGGUUUGGGGAAGACGCUCAUGACUAUUGCCAUCAUUGCCGGUCUGCAUCGUCGACAAAGAGACAAGACAACGCCUUUGUCAGUCAAACCCUCACAGCUCUUGUGUUUUGGUUCGUUUCAGCAAUUCAUCGUGGUCUGCCCUUCUUCACUCGUUACCAAUUGGGCCAGGGAGUUUGACAAGUGGAUCGGCCGGGCCAGUCAACCAAAACGUGUAGUCAUUCAGAAAGGCGGCGAAGAGGGGGUCGCGGCUAUGCGGGCGUACUGCGCUGGCAUGUUGAAAAAGAAAAAGCAAUUGCAGAAGAUUGGUCAAGUAUUGAUUGUCUCGUAUGAUUUACUUCGGCGGCAGGUCGAGCAUCUCCAAGAUGCCUGUGCAUUCGGUUUACUUGUCGUGGAUGAAGGCCAUCGUCUCAAAAAUACUUCCGGAUCAUUGACCUUGACGGCCUUGGAAUCGCUGACAGCUGAUGCUCGCUUAUGCAUUACAGCUACGCCGAUGCAAAACAAUCUUUCCGAAUUUUACAAUCUCGUCAACUUUGUUCGUCCUGACGUGCUCGGAUCUCUCAACGAAUUCCGUGACAGUUUUGAUCGGCCAAUCUCUGCUGCCAAUCACAAGCACGCCACACCGUCCCAAAUUGCGACGAGCCGGGAGCGAUCAAGUGCCUUGGAGACCCUAACCAAACCCUUUAUUUUGAGAAGACUACAGGCGGAUGUAUUGAAGAGCAUGUUGCCACCUCGAGUGGAAACUCUUUUAUUUUGCCGGCCUUCGGAAACUCAACGCGCUCUUUACCACCAAUUGACGGCUCGCAUUUCGGGUGGCAGUUGUACCGAUGGCGGCACUGACGCUCUCAAAACUCUGACAACGCUGCGUAAAAUCUGCACACAUCCAUCCAUCUGCAAUGAUGACAAUGUCAAACCAUGGAAUCGGCCAGAGAAAGGACCUUGCCUCAAGUAUGACAUUGCUCUGUCUGGAAAGAUGACUGUGUUAGAUAAGUUGCUGCAGUCGAUUCGUGAGAACGCUCCGAAUGACAAGAUUGUGGUAGUUUCAAACUACACUUCCGCCUUGACAAUCGUGGAGUCCCUCAUUCUCGGCCCACGUAAGCUUGGCUUUCUUCGUUUGGACGGUGGUACCGAGUCAUCACAGCGACAGCCACUCGUAGAGUCUUUCAAUCGCUCUCAUCCAGAGAAGGUUUUCUGUUUGCUCCUAUCGUCCAAGGCCGGUGGCUGCGGUUUGAACUUGGUAGGCGCGAAUCGUCUCUUGUUGCUCGAUCCAGAUUGGAACCCGGCCUCGGACGUGCAGGCCAUGGGACGCGUCUAUCGACAAGGCCAGACGAAGCCGUGUUGGAUCUAUAGACUUUUUACCACUGGCACCGUAGAAGAAGUCAUUCUACAACGCCAAUUGCAGAAAGGAAAUUUAACAGCGUGGACAGUUGAUGGUGGAAAGAGCUCACGACAAAACAGCUCGGAUUCUCGAGCUAAAUUUUCAAAGGAAGAGUUGACUGCUGCAUUCACGCUCAAGGACGAAUAUUGUAUCUGUGAUACAAAGCAAAAAAUGGGCCUCGCCUGGCCUGCGUACAAUCGAGGGACCCUUUCGCAGUAUGACGAUGCUCCUAUGAAGGAAACGGCCAUGUCCUUGUCCGAGACUUUGAGUUUCGUACAUGUAGUCAACGACGAUGCAUGUGCAGAAGAAGAACAGGACGCUGCUUUAUCCACUGCAAGCAGCACCCAUUCUGCUUUGGUCAAUUUUUCAUCUAACGAAGUGGUUUCUGAUACCAAACAAAGUAACUGCAAAAAACAUUUGGAGGUCUUCCAUUGCGAUGAUUCGUUGGCAGUGGGCGAUAGUGAUUCCGAAGAAGAAUUCUGAAUACUAGCUGCAAAAUCAUCCUUGAUACUUGCUUGGCAAGUCUAUCUGUACUUGGCCUCUUACAUCGUCAACUCAUUUUCUUGCGACAGCACUGUUUUCGAAAGAUAAUGGGAGUUAAGAUGGGUACCGUCACCUUUCACAACUAAUAUAGCUUGCACUGUUAUCUUUGUUG